GCGGAAGCUCCAUCUCCCAUCGCCUAUCCUCACUAUCAUCACCACCUUUCGCACUCAUUUGCAACAGCUUUGACGACGUCUAUCUCCUCAUCGUCGCUCCUUAUUUGGUCUGCUGUAGCCCGAGUGUUUCACGUGCUUCGACUUCAGAGCUGAGGCGCCACCUCGACAAACGCCUUCCUUAUUCUCGCAUCAUCUCGACGACCACCUCGUCUCUCGCAUCACAAUCAUCAUCAUGGUCGGCGCUCCUUCUGCUGCCGCCAGUUUGGUCGGCUUCCUAUCUGAGCCCGACACAGCGCUGCAAAUCUUUGCCCUCGAAGAGCUGAACAAGGACAUGGACAACAUCUGGACUGAGGUCUCUGCUUCCAUCGGCCAAAUUGAGGCUCUGUACGAAGACGAAUCCUUCCCCGACCGCCAACUGGCAGCACUGGUGGCGGCCAAGGUCUACUACCAACUGCAGGAAUACAACGAGAGCAUGGUCUUCGCCCUCGGCGCCGGCAAGCUCUUCCGUCUUGAUCACCAGGGCGAAUUCGAGGAGACUAUUGUUGCCAAGUGCAUCGACACGUACGUCGCUCUCUCGGCCCUCCAGAACCCUCCCGCUCCCUCAACGUCCGUACCAUCAGCCUCCCUCAACGAUUCAUCACUUCCUGCCGCCAACGGCAGUGCCAAUACCACAACCCCUUUCUCGCAAUCGUCCGCCCCGCCGAAGUCCCUCCUAUCCCGCGAAGCCGAUGGAGUUCAUAUCGAUGGCGCGGCCGCCGGAGUGUCUGGCUCACAUCCUGCCCCCAACUCACUCUCGUCCGCUACGCAAAAGAGCCUGCAUGGUGUCAUCCAACGCAUCUUCGAGUCAUGCUAUCAGACAGGCGCAUAUCGUCACGUUGUAGGCAUCGCUAUCGAGGCUCGCAAUCGCCAAGUCUUGAAAGAUGCCAUCCUGCGUUGUGGCAAGGACAAGCAGAGCACCGACGAACUGAUGGAGUACGUGCUUGACAUCUGCAUGAACGUGGUACAAGAGCGCGGUCAGAGAGACGAGAUUCUGCAACUCAUCCUCGAGCUGCUCAACGAUAUUCCCGACCCCGACUACUUCGCUAUUGCUCGUUGUGUUGUCCAUCUUGGUCAAUACUCCAUGGCUAGCAACAUGCUACGCCAGCUUGUACAGAAGGCUGACGCAAAGUCGCUUGCUAUCGCAUAUCAGCUGUCUUUCGACCUGUACGAGAACGGCACUCAGGAGUUCUUAAUCAGAGUCAUGGAGGAGCUACCCUCAAGCGACGACAAGUCACCCGAGCCGACAAGCGAGGGUGCCGACGAUGCUGACGAGUCAACUCAACUCUUGUCCGAAUUGCGCAGGAGCACAGGGCCCUCGGGUGCGAAGGCGACUACUGCAGAGGAGAAGAAGGCUUUCAACUCGAUACGCGACAUUCUCCGUGGCACAACCAGCAUCGAACUCAACCUCGAAUUCCUCUUCCGCAACAGUCACACCGACAAGCACAUUCUCAACAAAGUCCGUGACAGCCUCGAGGCUCGCAACUCCAUCUUCCACACCGCAGUCACUUUCUCAAACGCCUUCAUGAACUCCGGUACAACUGUCGACACCUUCUUCCGUGACAACCUUGAGUGGUUGGGCAAGGCCGUCAACUGGUCAAAGUUCACUGCCACUGCUGCUCUUGGUGUCAUCCACAGAGGUAACUUGGCCAACGGCCGCAAGCUUCUGGAGCCCUACCUCCCUAAGCGUAACGCCGUAGCAGGCUCAGGUUCUUCCUACAGCCAGGGUGGUUCUUUGUAUGCUCUCGGUCUGAUCUACUCCAACCAUGGCACCAACGUUCUGGACUACCUUCUCGAGCAGUUCAAGGAUACCCAGGAAGAGGUCGUCCAACAUGGUGGUGCUCUCGGCCUAGGCGUUGCCGGUAUGGCUACCGGUUCUGAAGACAUCUACGAGGCUCUCAAGGGCGUCCUCUACAGCGAUUCGGCCAUUAAUGGUGAAGCCGUUGGUCUUGCUAUGGGGCUCGUCAUGCUCGGCACUGGCAACACUAGAGCCCUCGAGGAUAUGAUCGGUUAUGCUCACGACACCCAGCACGAGAAGAUUGUGCGUGGUCUCGCCAUGGGUAUGGCUCUGAUCAUGUACAACCGUCAAGAAGGUGCCGACGAGCUUAUCAACGGUCUUCUUGAUGAUGCCGAUCCGGCACUGAGAUACGGUGGUAUCUUCACUGUCGCUCUCGCUUACUGCGGUACCAGCAGCAACAAGGCUGUUCGCAAGUUGCUUCACGUUGCUGUCAGUGACGUCAGUGAUGAUGUCCGUCGUGCUGCUGUCAUGUCAUUGGGCUUCGUCCUCUUCCGCAAGCCUGGCGCCGUUCCUCGUAUGGUCGAACUUCUCUCCGAGUCUUACAACCCCCACGUUAGAUAUGGUGCUACCAUGGCCCUUGGUAUCGCAUGUGCUGGAACUGGUCUUGACGAAGCCAUCGAUCUUCUCGAGCCUAUGAUCAAGGAUUCCGUUGACUUUGUGCGCCAAGGUGCUCUUAUCUCCCUCUCGAUGAUCAUGGUUCAGCAGAACGAGGCAAUGAACCCCAAGGUUGGUACCAUCCGCAAAACCUUGCAAAAGAUCAUUAGCGACAGACACGAAGACGCAAUGUGCAAGUUUGGUUGUGCUCUCGCACUCGGUAUCAUUGAUGCCGGUGGUCGCAACUGCACCAUUGGUUUGCAAACCCCGACCGGUAACCUCAACAUGUCCGCUAUUGUCGGUAUGGCUGUCUUCACCCAGUACUGGUACUGGUUCCCUCUCACCCACUUCCUUACUCUUUCUUUCACACCAACCGCCAUCAUCGGUGUCGACUCCGACCUCGAGAUCCCAUCAUUCAAGUUCCACAGUAAUACUCGUCCUAGCGUAUUCGACUACCCACCGGAGGCAGAAGUCAAGGCUGAGGAGGCCCCUGAGAAGAUUAAGACCGCCAUUUUGUCGACCACAGCCCAUGCCAAGCGCAGAGAACAGGCAAAGAAGAGACAAGCAAGACGCGAGAGCAUGGACAUUGACGUCACACCCACAACUCCUAAGGUCGAAUCGGGCGACAAGAUGGACACUGACGACGACAAUGUUAUCGACACAGCCAAGCUUGCCGAGGAGAAGGGCGAGGCUGGACCUUCAGAAGGCAGCGCAAAGAAGAAGGCCGAACGUGAGAAGGUCGGCUACGAGCUUGAGAACAUGAGCCGAGUUCUCCCCGCACAGAUCAAGUACAUCUCCUUCACACAAGACGGCCGCUACCAGCCGGUGAAGAAGCCCACUGGUGGUGUAAUCCUUCUCCACGACACACAAUCAUCAGACAAGAAGUCUCUGCUCGAAUUAAAGGCAAAGAAGAAGACCAACAGCGCCGCCGCAGCGCCUGUCGUUGGUCAAUCAGCACAGCAAGACUCACCUUUCACUCCUGCCCGUCAAACUGGCGACGACGCCCUUGCCGCAUUGGGCUUCGGUGCCGCAGCGGGUGCAGGUGCAGCUGCCGCAUCUGGCGUACUUAAUGCAGUCGAUGAGGACGUCGAGGGAGGACAAGAAGCCGAAGUCCCCGAUGAGUUUGAGGUCGAGGAUGAGGACAUGGCUGAUGACGAGUAAAGCAGAGGUUUUCCAUGUGCUCUUUUUCCCCAAAUGUAAUAUAUUUUUCUUCCAUUCGGAAGUUCAUGACUCCAGCUGUUAUGUGAUGUUUCUUGUGUCUAUUCUAUUGGAGAGGUGCGACUUCCUGACCUUCCUCAUCAAAGCUACCGAACUUUCCAUCAAUGUCGAAACUUGAGAGUACCUGCGUCAUUGGAGUCGUACCAGAUAUGACCUCAAAUUGUGACGCGCAUGAUGACGACAAUCUGUUAUACUGUAACGACCGUCCAGUCCUGCAGACUUUUCCAUCGAGGUGGCUGGGAGGUGGUUGGGAAAAAGCAUCCAGCCAGGGUGACAGUUUUACUCUGUCGAUUUCUCGUCAACAAUAUAAUUUGACCAUGCAUAGUGAUAGAAGUUGGAUUUAUCUCUAAGCGCGUUAACUGUGUACCUAUCUACCGUAAAGAGGAGGACUAGAAGGUGCUGGUUAACAUAUAAAGAGC